UUCUUUGCAGCUGAAACUUUGGUCUUUCGGGAUCUUUGCACAAAAUUUGUUUUUGCCCAAUCGCUUGAAAAGUUUUGUUAUUCGCGAAAAAGAUCUGGUCUUUGUUCAGAUCUGUGGCUGUUUUCGAUCCCCUGUUGGAGAAAUCUUUGCCCACUUCCGUUCAGGUUUGAUGCGUAUCUUGUGUACUUGAUGUUUUUUAUUCAUGUCUCCGGUUCUCAGUGAAAUCCUCCUUUCCGGGUUGAUGAUCGGUUCUUCAAUCAGACGCAGGACCCACUUAGUUCAAUCAUUCUCUGUUCGAUUCCUCUACUGGUUCUAUGUUUUCUCAUGAAUAGUUUCCUUCGUUUCCAGCCUAUAUUACGCGACUAAGAUCGAUAUUGAUAUACAUAUACAUAAGCCCAAGAAAUUAUUAUCAUCUGGGUCCUGCGUCUCACAAUAUCUAUAAAUCAAAAUCCAAAAGAACAAAAAAGAAAAGAAGAAUUCGAUCCCCUCUUCUCGGUCGAAGAAAGAUUAUUUGAUGGCUUCGUCGAGCGGGAAUUCCUCGAGCACCGUCCAGCUUCAGAACUCGGGGUCGGAGGGCGAGCCACGGCAGCUCCGGAUGGACCAGAGGAAGAGGAAGAGGAUGGAGUCGAACCGCGAGUCGGCGAGGCGGUCGCGGAUGCGGAAGCAGAAGCACCUGGACGACCUCACGUCCCAAGUGACCCGGCUGGCGAAGGAGAACAACCAGAUCCUGACGGGCAUCACCGUCGCCACGCAGCACCUGGUCAACGUCGAGUCGGAGAACUCCGUCCUGCAGGCUCAGGUGACGGAGCUGAGCCACAGGCUCGAUUCGCUGAACGAGAUCCUAAACUCCAUCUAUCAGUCCAGCGGGGUCGCCGACGCCGACCAGGGCCUCGAUCUGGGCUCUCCCUACGACGGCUUCUUCAUGAGCCCGAUGAACUUGGGUUGCGUGAGCCACCCGAUCACGGCAGCUUCGGACGUGUUCGAGUGCCGAUGAUUCGGUUGGUCUAUACGGGUGGUGGUCGACGACUUCCUUGAAGUUGGUCACAAACGGGUGGCUGAGGGGAAGCCAAGAUUAGGGUACCUUUUGGUUAUUUUGUUAAAUAAUAGAGUUGAUUAGGUAAAAAGGGCGAGGUGGGUUUCUUAAAUGUGACUGUCUGAUAAAUGUCAAUGUCAAUGUCGAUGUUAAUGUCAAUGUUGUCUAGGCAAUUGGUGGGGGGGUUUUGAUCCUUUAUUGGUGUUCCGUCGGUUCGUGUCAUGUGAAUGGGUUGAUUCGCAUAGUGACAUUGUGACAUUGUGUGAAGGUUUUGGAGGUGUUUGAGGUCGAUAUGGACAUAUGAAUAUGUAUUGUGCACUUUUGUUGUUA